UUGUGUAACUUCCAACGGCCCAGCGCGCCCCCUCUCAUUGGUCAGCUCGCACGUCCAUCGCCGGCCCGGACCAAUGGGGAAGGAGCGGCCGCUGCGCUGCUGAUUGGCCGGCGGCCGCUCGGUGAACGGCCGAGACCGGGGAUGAGGAGCGAGGUCACAUUUUGCCCCAGUUUCGUGUGGUCUGCAGCCGUGGAGAUCCUACAUUUACUUCUUGCACAGAUCACUGUGAGUAUUGUGAGUAGCCGGGAUCCCAGCACUGAUCCUGUGGUACGGGACUGCUCACUGCCUGCCGCCUGGAAAAGGACCUGUUUGCCCACUGUCUCUCUCCAGGAGGUGACCCUGUCGUGAUGCUGACCGACUGUGUGCAGCCGCUCCCUGACACCUGACGUCUGCCCCACACACAGCGAGAGGCUCCUGUUGACCAGGAUGGCCGAAGGAAAAGUAGGACUUCUGCCAGCUCCAGCCUCAUUGGGACACCAGUGAACUAGCCAUGAAUGGUGACUCUGGAAGUCAGGAUUCAUUACAAGACGUUCCAGACUGGAAGGAGUUUUGUGAGGUCCAGGCACGCGCCGCUGCUUCUGAUUUUGCCCAGAAAUUCCGGGUAUUUAUCAGUGAAAAUCCUCAUUAUGAAUGCUCAGGGAUAGAAGCCAAUUUCUCACAACACUUUGCUUCCCAUUUUGUGGAGUACUUUGCACGAGAGGUGAAUGGGUCCUACCUCUCACACUCUCCAGCCAAGUACAGCGUUGCUCCAUUCUCCGACACUCAGAGCUGCCAGCUGCCGCCCGGGGAAGCAGGUCUCCAGAGGAAAGCGGACUCUGAAUCUCUCUCGAGAGGAGAUAACACAUCAAACUCCAUCAGGUUCCCGAGACAGCAGCAAGUCUGCAACAUGUCCAAUCUGGGCCAUUCCCGGAGCUCGGAGGAUGUGUCGUUCAGUGCUUCUGCCAGGCCUAAAUUUAAGAAAGGGUUUUCUCUGCGGAACAUGAGCAUGUGCAUGGUUGACGGGAUGAAGGAGAUGUUGCAGUGGAGGUCAUCGGCUGAGCCUCUACUGGGUGCAAGGCCUGAAGGAGAUGAAGACUCCUCGGGGAGUAGACUUGAGAGCGACACCCAUGACAAAUGGAGCCAGAAACUUGAGCGCUUGUGUUUAACGAAGUUGUCCUCCUCUAAGGUGGAACUGCAGGACAUCCAGAGGGAAGGAACGCUGCGCUACAUGUUGGCUGAUGACACCAACAGCCUGAGCAGCUCACAGUGGCAGAAGUGCCGAGUGCUGCUACGGAAAGCUGUGGGAAUUGAAGAAGAACGAUUCAUCCUGGAGUUCUACGUCCCACCAAAGUCGACCAAGUCUCGCGUCAGCAUCCCCCUCUCGGCGAUUGUGGAAGUGCGGACCACCAUGCCGCUGGAAAUGCCGGACAGAGACAACACGUUUGUGCUGAAGGUGCAGAGUGGCAGCAGUGUGUACCAUCUAGAAAAUGUACUGCAAUAUUGGUCUCAACCUCUCAGACCCACAACCUUUACCACCAAAGUGGAGAAUGGUGUGGAGUACAUCCUGGAGACCAUUGACUCCCUGCAGAAACACUCGUGGGUGGCUGACAUUCAGGACUGCAUGGACCCAGGAGACAGUGAAGAGGAUGUGGAGCUGACCUCCUGCCCGCUUGCAGUAAGUGUGCCCGGCAGAGAAUCGCCCUCCGUCCCCACCUGCACCUGUGCCUCGGACGCCGUCACCCAGCUCCCAGUCAAGUCAUGCACUGAACCGCAAUCUACUGUCACUGUUUCACCGGUCAGACCAAAGGAAGUGCAGCUGCCACAGCCCCUCGCUCACGUCCCUUUGGAAAACUUCCUGCAGACUUUGCAUUCGGACUCUCCGAGCACCACCAUCUCCACAGAUGAGAAGGAGCUGCCAGUGUCGGAGAUGCUGCUGUCCAACUACCCCUGGUUCCACGGGACUCUGCCGCGGAUCAAAGCUGCCCAGCUGGUGCUGGCCGGAGGCAGGAGGAGCCACGGUCUCUUUGUCAUUCGGCAGAGCGAGACGCGACCGGGGGAGUACGUGCUGACCUUCAACUUCCAGGGCAAAGCCAAGCACCUCCGCCUGUCUGUGAAUGAAACCGGCCAGUGCCACGUUCAGCACCUCUGGUUUCAGUCCAUCCUCGAUAUGCUCAGACACUUCCACACCCAUCCUAUUCCCUUGGAGUCCGGAGGUUCUGCUGACAUCACUCUCCGCACUUACGUCCUGGUCACACAAUCCUCCCCAGAAAUGAGUACAUCAUCACCCAGCGCUGUGCCUUCAGGUGCCCCAGCUCAACCCAGCUCCAGAGGUGAUGCCCAUCAAUCACAACACUACUUCACCAAUACUGUAUCUGCGAGCCCUCAGCCUGUUGCCCAGGCUGAAGGCCCAGGAGUGACCCACAGACCAGAGACUGCCAUCACUGUGCACAACAACAGCUCCGAGCGUCUGCUACAACCGCCAGCUGCAGUCUCAGAGGACUACCACGACAGUGAUGGGGCAAGAAAUCGAAUACGAGCUGUGGAAAAUCAAUAUUCUUUUUACUAAUGCAAAAGAAUGCAGUAUGGCAAACCUGGGAGAGUGUUGGGAAAGAAGCUGUUUCCCUGUUUGACUGCUGGUGACGAAGGUGAUACAGACUGCACCAACAGAGGGGUUUGUGUGAACUGCAAGGUGAUUGAUGUCGUAUCUCUUUCAGACCCAGAUGAACUUGAUUAAAUCUGGUUUUUCUAUGAUUGUUUUUCACAGUUACAGUGAAGAACAAGCUUUGAUGGAUUGUGUACAGGCAGUGGAUAAGACUGAAAUGUUUUACAUCAUCAUAUUGUCCAGUGUGGAUCUUUUCAGUGAGUUUGUAAAUUAUUGCUAGUGCUACAACUGGGUAAAGACUCCACUUGUUUGACGUUGUUCCCUUUGUUUAACUUUUGUGGUGGUGCUGAUGGAUUUCGAAGUGAGUGGUAAACUUUAAGCCAAGCAGUGAUUUCAGCUGUUCGACCAUGCUAAUGAGAUCAGAUUAGAGACUAACCUGUUUAAGAAUGCAUAACUAUCUUAAUAUUACUCUGUAUUCGUACACUGAAGUGCGCCUGGUGGUCCCAACUAACCGUGCAGUUCACCAUUCGCCAACACAACUGGCAGGCAGUCUGAGGACCGUGCAUUCGCUCCCAGUGGGGGAGGUGAUCAGUCCGUUGUUACCUCGGCUGUCACAUUGCUCUGCAGGAGGAAAUGGCAUUGACAGAAGUGGUGACGAGUUCCACAGUCCAGAUGCAGGGCUUCCAGCAGCUGAGCUGGAUGCCGCAUUCAUUGAAAGAGAAACUGGAGUAGGAGAGAGAAGACAGACAGCAGAGGAACUACAGAGAAGGUUCAUUGCACGAUGUAGAAUUAAAUAUUUCAUAAAUAUGUUCAUUUGUACUUUAUAGAACUUUGAAUUUUUUAAGAAAAUCAAUGGAUCAAGAUUUUACUGUCUCAAAGUUCUGUAAUUCCUACAAAUAAAUUACCAUCUGUGUUGA